AUGCCUACUCAGGAGGAAAUUGAUGCUGCGACUGCUCAACUGGGUGAAUUGGGACAAGAUAUGCCCGCCCAGGCACAACCUGCUGCAGAGAUGACGCGACCAGCUUUUGGAUCACCUCACAAUACCGAGAACUGUCAUCCCACGCCCAGUGUCUCGUCUGAAGCUCUAGGCAAUCGGUUUGCACAAUCCUCGGUACUUCCUGGUGUGAGUGAACAAUACUGUGAGGCUGGUCCUCCUCCUUACCCUGCUCAACAUCCCCAUUCCUAG